UGACAUUUGUGUUUCGAACUGGCGAUUUUCCUAACCUCCACAAACUCGUGGGAGAAACCUGUCAAAAUCGACAGGAAAACGGCCUUUAUCGCAUGAAAUAUCAGGAAUAAACGGUUAAUUCCUUCGCCACACAGAUGUCAAAUUUGUUCUUUACUCUUCUUAAAGACUAACCUAAAAAAUGUCAGAGUCUGAAGUGACUUUACAGCAUUUUUAUGUCUUUAAUAGCACUUACGCGGAAAAGGAAGGAGAGGAAAAAAAUAAGAUUUUAUAUUAUCAUCCGCCAAAAACAGAUAUCGAUACUCAGAUUAAAAACAUAGGACUUAGCGAAGCAAUCAUUAAAUUUACAGAAUCCUUCAAUCCCGGACAAGGAUGUGACUAUUGUCACACACAAAAAACCCGGCAGGUUUACUAUCAAGCCGAGCCAGAAUUUUGGAUGGUGAUGAUAGUCGGCGUGCCUUUCAUAAUGAAAGAAAAAGACGGAAACGAGUAUCCAGAAUACCAAUACGACGAGGUGUCAAGUAGCGUUUGCCAAGCGAUUCUCAAACAAACCUACACAAUUUUCCGUCUCUUUAUGGGUUCCUUCGAAACAAUUCUUAGCGAUCCCGAUUGUGGCUCUGUGAUCCUUUUGAAACACAAGCUCGAUCAUUUCUACUCAAGGUAUUUACUUUCACUAAAACUUAGCAACGGCGAUAUCCUCGACAUUUUACAAGGACUGCAAUUCCUCCCUUUGGACAAAACAACAUUCCUGAGAGUUCAGUGCUUUAUGAACUUGCUGGAAGCCACUUUUCCUUUAGUGAAAUAUACCGCCUUUUUGUACAAUAAUCAACUUGUCUGGAGUGGUUUGGAGCCUGACGAUAUGCAGGUUGUUUAUAAUUAUUUAGUAUGCACACUUCUCCCUGCUCACCUUGAAAAAGAAUUGAAAGGAGGCUCGAUACCAAGAAAUUCGUCAUCUCCUUUUACAGCCUCUCAUUAUGGAAAAUUUGUUACGGGUCCGUCGAGUGCCAACGACAUGAAAAAAUUACCGAAAGUAUUCAUCAACUACUCGACGAAACCCACCUCUCUCUAUUUAAUAGUUUAUCGUGCACUGAGUGCUACAGUUUGUUUAUUCGUAGAUAGCAAAACUAGUCCACUUCCGGAGUUUUACAAAAGCUUGGACACUUUUCUAGGUCCGCAAUUAACAACCUUGGUGGGCGCAGUGGCUGAUCAGUGCACGAAACACGUUGCAAAUAAUACGGAGUCAGUUCACAAGUACCUGUAUUUCAAUAAACUCAAUUUAGCUUAUAAAAGCACGAUUCAUUUUGACAACAGACACAGCUCAAAUGCUCUCACGACUCCGGAAGUAUUGAGAAUCAUCACUGACAUAAACAAUGAUACGAACAGAAUUAACGAAGCGGGCGAGGUCGUUAUCAAAACAAUGAGUGAUUACUGGAUUGUAGGAAAGGUUUCCAACUUGAGGGAAUUCUACGUUGUUAUUCAACAAAAGAACGCGAGCAUUAUCGAAAUUGAUGAUGAAGUCAAGAGACUGUGCGAGCAGCAGUUAAGAAGCAUUUUUUUCGACUAGCCUCGAAAAUCUGAGAUUAAAAUAAAUGCAAGUCUCCAUUUUUUUUAUUCGUUCCUGUACAAAGUCUAUUUAUGCUGUAAACUGUAGGAUGGUCCGGACUUUUUUCCUCAAAUCGUAUUCUUACAAAUGGUUUUCGUUGAUGUUAAAAUUACUUUAGAAUUUGUUCAAAUUACAUUUUUCUGAAGGUUAUUUUAACAAAAAAUACAGUCUUCUUUUUAUUUUUUAGUAAAUGUUAUUUACGUUUUUUUCUGGCGAGA